AUGGCAGCUCAGCCAGCGCUCUGCAUCGCGCCCUCAGCUGCUCCCUUGGCACCCGCGCUGGUCGCCAAGCCCACUGUUUCGCCGUCACCCGGUCCCGGCACACCCGGUUCCGUUACCUCGAAGGAAUGGGUGAUUCCUCCCCGUCCCAAGCCAGGUCGCAAGCCGGCCACAGAUACGCCCCCAACAAAACGCAAGGCCCAAAAUCGCGCUGCCCAAAGAGCUUUUCGGGAACGUCGAGCCGCCCGGGUCAAUGAACUCGAAGAUCAGAUCAAGUGCAUCGAAGACGAGCAUGAAAUUCACGUCGCUACGUUCAAGGAACAAAUCUCGAAUCUCACCCGCGAGGUUGAACAAUGUCGAACUGAGAUGGGAUGGUGGCGCGAUCGGUGUCAUGCCUUAGAGAAAGAGGUUUCGGUUGAGAGGGCCGCACGAGAGACGCUGGUGAAGGAGUUCCGUUCGUCUUUGCCGGAUAAGAACACUUCCAGCACUGAUGCGGUGCCCCUGCCGCCCCGCGCCCCAAAGAGAGCUCGCCUGGAGGUUGAAAAAAGCUCGCCAAUACACAACCAGCCCGAUCUAGAUGAUGAAGUUCCAUUGGGCUGUAACCGGUGUUCAACCCAGCAUUGCCAAUGCAUUGAAGAUGCCUUCGGAAUGCCCAUCGACUUUAAUCGCGUUCCGGAGCCAAAGAUCAAGCCGGAGCCGGAGGAGAUGGAAAUUGACUUCACCACCCGGUUCGCCGCGCCUCAUCAUGAAGACACUGUCAGCCCAGUCGCUUCCCCUCCGGUCGAUCCCUGCGGAUUCUGCCAGGAUGGAACACCCUGCAUCUGUGCCGAGAUGGCUGCACAGGAAGAAGAACGCCGACGGAACAGCACUUUCGAGAACAACCGUCUAGCACCAAUUCAGAACAUCUCCCAAUUCACACCACCUCCUUCUGACAGUGAUGUGCGCUCAGAGGUCACCCUGCCGCCCAUCAGUCAGGCAACUGCAGCUAAUCCUUGUGCCAAUGGACCGGGAACGUGCUCAGCAUGCGUCUCAGAUCCCCGACGGACCCUAUUUUGCAAGACCCUAGCGGCAUCCCGCUCCGCCAGUGGCACCCCAUCUGGAUGCUGCGGCGGCAAAGGCCCAGACGGCGGAUGCUGCCAGAGUCAACCCCGUGCCUCGGCAACCCGUCCUAGCGCCGACCGCGCAACCACACCACUCACACUCUCCUGCGCUGAUGCAUUCACAACACUCUCUCGACACCCGAAUUUCUCCCGUGCUAGCGAUGAACUCGCCUCCUGGCUGCCCAAACUCCAUACCCUCCCCAACCCCAGAGACGUAAGCCAGGCCACUCCCGCCUCCCGAGCCGCAAUGGAAGUCGAGGCUGCUAGUGUGAUGGGCGUGCUGCGUUAUUUCGACCGACGAUUUGCCGACAAAUAG